AUGGCCGUGGAGAUGGCCGAGGAGGGCAGGGACGUGCUGGUGCUACUGCCCACGGGGGAGCGGCUGCGGCUGGUCCUGGGGGUGCAGGCCACGGGGCGUGAGCUGUUCAGGCAGGUGUGUGACGAGGCCGGCAUCAGGGAGCCCCACUUCUUCGGCCUCUGCGUGGUCAGAAACAGCGAGUACCUGUUCAUGGACCUGGAGCAGAAGCUCAGCACGUACUUCUCCAAGGACUGGAGCCGGGAGCGGCCGGAGGGCAGGAGGUCCCGGGCCCCCUUCGUGGCCUUCCUCCGGGUGCAGUUCUACGUGGAAGACGGGCGGCUGAUCAGCACCCGGACGGGCCGGCACCUGUACUACCGCCACCUGCGGGAGCGGGUGCUGCGGUCCCAGGACGCCCACUGCGAGGAGGCCUACUUCCUGCUGGCGGCCUACGCGCUGCAGGCCGACCUGGGCAACCACAGGGCCCGCGCCCACGUGGGGCGGUACUUCGAGCCCCAGGCCUACUUCCCGCAGUGGGUCAUCGCCAAGAGGGGCAGUGCCUACCUCCUGAGGCACCUGCCCGCCCUGCACCGCGAGCAGCGGGGCCUGAGCCCCCGGGAGGCCGAGCUGCGCUUCAUCCGGGAGGCGUGCCGGCUGGCGGACGUGCCCGUCCACUUCUUCCGGCUGUUCCAGGAUAAGAAGGAAGAAAGACCUACCAUUGUCCUGGGGCUGACCCUCAAAGGAAUGCAGGUCUAUGAGGGGAAGAAGUUCAAGAUCCAGCCCGACGGGCGGCCGGCCCGCAAGCUGGAAUUCUACACGGGCUGCGCCUUCCGCUCCCGGCACCUGCUGCGCCUGCUCCGCGCCAGCCACCAGCUGCACCUGGCGCUGAGGCCCGCGCUGGCCCAGCUGCAGCGGGAGGAGGCCCAAGAGAAGUGUUACCGGGAGACGUACAUCAGCGACACGCCGGAGCUGGCCCUGCGCCCGGCGGGCGGCCGCCUCUCACUGCUCUCGGCCGACAGCCACGGCAGCUCCCGGGUGUCCGGCGUGGAGCCUGGGGAGAUGUCCGUGGACGAGCCCCCCAGGGCCGCAGCCCUCCCCGGGGAGGGGGCGUCCUGCGGCUCCAGCCUCAGUCCGAGCAGCAGAGACACAGCGGGUGACGGCGGCGGCCGGCCCGAGGGGGACACGCAGGACCUGGGGCCCCCGGGGCGCGCCUCUGGCCCCCGGGCCGUGGCCGUGGUGCGGGUCACGCUGGUCAGCAUGCGGGGCUGGAGCGCCGAGGCCCUGCACCAGAUCCCGGGGGCGGCCUCCCCCCACGCCCACGCGGACCAGCACAGCCGCAGCCUGGAGGACGUGCGUCCGCGCCCUGCCCCGCGCGCCGCCCGGAGGCCCGUGCCCACCCCGCGCAGCCGCCCCCGUCCCCGCGGCGGGUCCACGGCCGGCCUCGCCCUGGACCUCGGGGAGGACCGGCGCCCGGAGGAGGUCGUGGUGUAG